UGUGUGUUGUUGUGUUGACUGUGUGGGCGAGGGCAGCGGGUUUGUGUUGGUUUUGGAGCUGUUGGUCAUUUAAACAUCGCCCCAGUCCUUCAUUUCGGCUUUCAGUUCGCAUAAAGGAGCCCGUGUUGUGUUGUGUUGUGUUGUGUUGUGUUGUGAUGGGCGGCUACGGGGUGAUGGCGAAUGAAGAAUCCGUAGAUUAUUCCGUGCAUGAAGCCUGGAACGAAGCGACCAACGUUUACCUCCUAGUUAUUUUGGUCAGCUUCGCGCUGCUGAUGUACGCUAGAAAGAAUAAGAGGAAGAUCAUGCGCAUCUUCACAAUGCCACCCACGGUCGCAGCCACACCAGAGCCAAACUUCUACGACAGUUUGCAGAAAGUUCGGCUAAGGCAACAGCUGGAAAUGUAUUCUCUUGCAAGAAAGUUUGAUCAGCAGCACCAGCAGGCUCAGGCCCAGGAGAGUGUGCAGCUUUCGAUGGAGUGAGUGAGACCCCCAAUGUGAAAAAGCUACAUGCUUGAUAUUGUGUUAUUUAUGCAUCAAACACUUCGGCUCGGAUCUUUAAGUUACUUUAAGCUGCAGUGCUCUUGUUUUUUUCUUUUUCUUCCUACACUGAAACCCAAGUACGGUAACAGAGCACAGUGAAGAGCACUUACACUGUGGGAAAAUGACUGUAUCUAACUGGGAGAUCUUAAUAUGUUUUUCUUUUUACUUGAAGGACGUUUGUACCUCUUUAAUCAUUCCCACAUUGCCAAAAUUAGGGUCCAUUAUGUUACUUUCAGAUUGUGAAACUGAAUCAUUGUGGUGUACUGCUGCCAUCUAGUGGUUGUUUUGGAUAGUGCUGGAACUGGUUUAUGGAAUGGCAAAUAUAUUUUUUUCUGUUUCUAUUUGGUUAAAUAGCGCGUUUGAAGACAUCAUAUGGUUAGAAACACAGUCAACAAAUAUAUUUUAAAGAGAGAAAAACUUUGUCUGCCUUUAAAAGUCUUCAAAAAUACAUUUAUAUUAUUACAGCACAAGAUAUACUUUUGGCUACAUAUCGCCCUCUGGUGGUGUUUUUGGUUUACUUCACCAUAUGUAAUGCAAAUAGGCAGUUUUCUCUUCUCCUUUGUAUCUCUACUCAAUCUAAAUGGGCAUUUCAUACUGUUUUUGUACUUGCAAAUCAGAUCAUUAGGUAAUUUUUACUUCUAUUUUAGUCAAGAUGAGGCACUGCAUUCUGUAAACGUUUCCCCACCCUCUUUGUUUUUAAGGAACCGCCUUUUGGGGGUGUGCAUGUUUGGGCUGCUUAAGUCCUGGUAGUUUUUAUGGUUCUGUUGCCUGAUGUAGCAGCUUUGAUUUAACUUUUAACAUCUCAAACCUUUGAUCACUUCUGUUUUCCAGUAAACACUAUCAAUUUACAUGGUUACACCCAGUAGAAGUAUGGAAAUCAUUGUUUUACACAUAGAUCCACAGAAAAGUACACUGUAAAUGUAAAUGUAAAUAAAGUAAUGGAAA